AUGCCUGAUUCUGAGUGGCCGACGAUGAGCGCAUCACUCUCAGACAUCGCGUUAAAGGAGAACUCGCGCGCGACAGUUCAAAUCGCUAGCGUAACGGAAUCAUGGGAGCUCGCAGACCGAUAUUCCUCGUGGCCAAAGCUCAUUCGAGUGAGCACGUACAUUCUUAGAUUUAUAUCGCGGAUUCGAAGGCGUGACGAGAUCGCUCUUCGGUCGGAAAGUCCGUCUUCAUUGACCGCGAGCGAAGUACGAGCUUCAAAAAAAUUUUGGGUGAGAUACAUUCAACGCCAACUUUUCCCGCUCGAAAUACGCGCUCUCACUCAAAGUAAGUCGGUUCCUUCGAAGAGUCCACUCGUCUCUCUCAAUCCGUUCCUGGAUGAAAAACAAAUAAUUCGGGUUGGCGGGCGGCUAUCUCAGGCCCCGAUACCCGCUCAAGCUCGACAUCCGAUAGUACUCGGCUCUCACCCGCUGGUCCGCUUACUCAUUUUUCAUACUCACUUGCGCACUCUUCAUGCAGGAACGCAAUUGACCCUUGCUACGUUACGGCAAGAAUUCUGGCUACUCAGAGCUCGAAGCACGGUCAGAUCGAUUCUGCACGGGUGCGUAACCUGUGCUCGCGAGAGAGCUCUCACUCCAUCUCAACUAAUGGGAGACCUUCCCAAGGUCAGAGUGACUCCUCCCGCGCGCGCGUUCCUUCACAGCGGGCUGGACUAUGCGGGUCCAGUACUAAUUCGAUCGCGAUCGGGUCGCGGAGUCGCUUCGGCAAAGGCGUAUAUCGCACUAUUCGUGUGCAUGGCAACACGCGCCGUGCAUCUCGAACUCGUCGAAGGUUAUUCUACUCCCGCAUUUCUCGGAGCCUAUUCCCGUUUUGUAGCGCGGCGAGGUCUUCCCGAAUCGAUUUAUUCUGAUAAUGGGACUACCUUCGUUGGGGCGGAUCGCGAACUCGCUGCAGCGUUUCGCGCAACUCUUCGAGAUCCCGAUUUGCAGAAUCGCACGGCCGCAGAUAGUGUCUCGUGGCAUUUUAUACCUCCUUCCGCUCCUCAUUUCGGGGGGUUAUGGGAGGCCGGUGUCCGUAGCACAAAGCAUCAUAUUCGGCGUGUUGUGGGGGCUCAUACUCUGACCUUCGAGGAGUUCUCCACGCUACUAUGUAAUAUCGAGGCGUGUUUAAAUUCGCGUCCAUUGGCAUCUCUUUCUGACUCGCUGGAUGACUAUACUUUCUUAACUCCAGGGCAUUUCCUCAUAGGCUCCGCGCUUAAUUCGAUCCCGGAGCCCUCGCUGUUGCAAGUCAAAGAAAAUCGGUUGACGAGGUGA